GCUUCAAUAAAAACGCAACCUCGACAACAUCCCAAACCCUAGAACCGCUUCCGUGUUGCGCAGCGAAGAACAGACUGUCUACGGCCUCCGCCAUCGCCCAUUUCUUCUGUGUAAGAUGUCGACCGCAGAAAUCGCUUGCUCCUACGCUGCUAUGAUCCUCUACGACGAUGGCAUCUCGAUUACAGCAGAGAAGAUUGCCGCCCUUGUAAAAGCAGCUAAUGUGAGUGGUGUGGAUUCGUACUGGUAUAGCCUUUUCGCUAAGCUGGCUGAGAAGCGCAACAUUGGGGAUUUGAUUAUGAAUGUUGGGGCUGGUGGAGGUGCGGCAGUCGCUGCUGCUGUCCCAGCCGGUGGGGCUGCUGGCGGUGCUGCUGCUGCAGCCGCUCCUCCACCCGAAGAGAAAAAGGAAGAGCCAAAGGAAGAGAGUGACGAUGACAUGGGAUUCAGUUUGUUUGACUAGGUCAAUGUGGCUUUGCAAUUUACAUAUUUUGAUCUAGGUUAAUUAUCCUCUUAAAUGCCGGAGGGCUCCUUUGUUAUUUCACAUAUAUGUAAUUUUGGACAAAUUUGUGACAAGUUUUGAUUUGAAUGUUAUCUGAAUGCAUCUUUUCUUUUGAGAUA